AUGCCCUUGGACAAUCUGCGAAGUUCCGAACUCUCGUCCGAUGGUUUUCAAUCCGCGCUCUCUUCGGAUACCACCGGGCUAGCUGUGGCCGCUCCCGUGGAAGAACAUCUGGAUCUACAGACUGCGGUGCCCCAAGGAGACACAACAAACGAACAGGCCAAAAAGAACCACCAAUCCAAAACUCGUACUCUGAUAGCAGUGGGAUUCGUGCUUGUCAUUGUUAUGGUUGCGAUCAUCCUGGCCGUGGUACUGUCGACUACAAAGAGAGAACAACAACCAGUUGAAGCAUCCGAGAUGCCAUCCACCGGUCCUACUCCGGCUCCAACGUCCUUUAAAGAGUCGUUUUUGGACAUAUUCCCCGCAGACACGGUGCAAUCCAUACAGCAGGAUCCGUCAUCGCCACAAUCACAAGCUUUUCAAUGGCUUGUGGAUUACAUGGACUUGCUUCAAACCCUGCCACAAAAUCGAAUCAUUCAAAAAUUUGUUUUGGCCACAAUCUACUAUGCCACCAAUGGCGACUCGUGGACCGCAAAUGACAACUGGCUCAAUCACAGUGUCCAUGAGUGCAACUGGUUCACGCGAUCCGAAUUCGCCCAGAUUCCUUUAUUUUCGUCAUUAUUCCCUGGCUACCUUUCCGAGUUUCAGGCACCAAAUUCAACCUGCGACCAAGGUGGUCUUUACCAACAUCUCUGGUUGGACCAGAACAACCUGCUGGGGGCACUGCCAGAAGAGCUCUUUCUUUUGACAUCCCUCAAAACUUUCUCAGCCGGUUCCAACAACAGGCUGGGUGGUACAAUUUCUACUCUUAUUGGAAAGAUGACAGAACUGGAGGAUCUGUCCUUGCUUGUUACACAAAUUGGUGGAUCCAUCCCAUCAGAAGUUGGCCUCUUGACACAAUUGAGCUCCUUUGCACUCAGGGGCAACCCAGAAGGUACCAUUCCGGCAGAGUUAUGGACACUAACCAAUCUACGAACUUUGGGUUUGGGUAACAAUGGCAAUUUGAGAGGGAGCAUUCCCACAAGGAUUGGAACGAUGAGUCUGCUAAGGUGGAUCAGCUUGGGCGGCAAUGAAAUCUCAGGUAUGCAAGUCAAGUUUUGGUUGUUCUUGUUGGCAUCUUGUUCUGGCGUUUACUGA